CCCAAGAUUCCCCAUUGCAGGAUCGGCUCCGGUGGAAUUGCGGAGAGAGCUUUCCCGCGUUUAGUUGCCAGCCAACCCACCCUCCGCGCUGUCACACUCCCUCCCUCACACGACAUGCAUUCCAUUUGUCGCUUGCGUCCCUCCUCCUCUUCCCCCGCAAACCCGCUCGAUCUCGAAUGCCCGGUUCUACCUGGCCAUCCUAGGUUCGCGCGCUCGAUACGAAAAGAUACGGGAGAGGAACGGCCAGACCAGCCUCGGUUGGGCCCGCUGGCUGUUUCUUCCCAGCCCCUCGUAAGCGAUGGCUUGAGGCGCGCCCAUGGAUCGCUCCGUACAUGCGCUAGAGGAACCAACCUGAUUAGCGGGAAUGCGAUUCUUGGAGAGAUUCAUUCAUCUGACUUGUCUGCAGUUCCGAUUGGACAGCAGCCACGGCCGAGUGUACUACUUCCGGAUGGAUGUGGCACGCAUCGUGGUUCUUCGGGCGGCCGUGUCUCGUGUCCGGCUGGAAGACCAGGCCGCACGCGGGCAGCGGCUUAUACACUUCAGCGGCAGAAUGAGCAUGUCGAAUGCCUACGGAGGCAGCCUCAAGCGCCAGGCACUCUAUCCCCAAUAAGGUUGCGUCAUGUCGGGUCCGAUCUUGCACCUAUCUUUCCCCCAUCAUCGCGCGUCACAGAUGCUGAGCCGAGCCUAGAGCUAGUCCAGCCCCUUCCAGUCCGGGUGCUGACAGAACGAGCAUCGCCGAAAUGUGGGGUAUCUAAUCAGUCUGUGCUCUGUGCUGCUCGAGCCCGGCAUGGAUCUGGUGUCAUGGGGCUUCGGGUUUAUGCUGGUCGGCUGCGCAUCAGACCAUGAUUGUCGGACUUUUUCACCCGCCAUACAUCGAAGGAGGCCUGUAAGAUUAGGAAUGCAGAUGAGCAUGAUGCUCAGGGACAUCUCGGAUCCUACCGUGCGAAGAUGCUUCUU